UGAAGACUGCGACACGCGGCCGUUAUAAUGCGUGAAUGCAUGCUGUAUGCAUGCGUUUUCCGCGUCACUUUAACGCGGGGCGAGGGAGAAGAAAGAGAUAGAGUGAAAGAGGUGUGUCUGUAAGCUUUGGCAUGGGCUGGGAUAUCACCGUGUUUUGGUGCAUGAUCAGACUCUCUCGCUUUGGUGGCAGAAUGAAUCGGUUUUGAAUGAGUGCGGUCAAUGCAUCAUGCCGUCAGAGGCCCCGGAGCUGCACGCGCACGGCCUUCGAGCCGAGAACGGAUCACCGGGUACGCGUGCGUGUGAGCAGCGGGGACAGCCUAAAAGAUGAUGACAGCGGAGACCAUGACCAGGACAACAGCUCACCGAAAGACGGGGAAAAGGGAAAAAUUGACGACGAUGAGAAAGAUUCAAACACUACAGAAAGAAAGGCGGUGGUGCCAGGGGCCGAUGAGCACCCUCUUCAAUACAACUUCUCAUUUUGGUAUUCUCGCCGCACACCGGGACGGCCGACCAGCACGCAGAGCUACGAACAGAACAUCAAACAAAUCGGCAGCUUUGCUUCGGUGGAGCAGUUCUGGCGUUUUUAUAGUCACAUGAUCAGACCGGGCGAUCUGACUGGCCACAGCGAUUUCCACCUGUUUAAGGAAGGGAUCAAGCCCAUGUGGGAGGAUGAUGCUAAUAAGAGUGGAGGUAAAUGGAUCAUUCGGCUUCGUAAAGGUCUGGCGUCCCGCUGCUGGGAGAAUCUGAUCCUGGCCAUACUGGGAGAACAGUUCAUGGUGGGAGAGGAGAUCUGUGGGGCUGUCGUGUCCGUUCGCUUCCAGGAAGAUAUAAUUUCUAUCUGGAAUAAGACGGCCAGCGAUCAGGCCACCACUGCUCGCAUUAGAGACACUUUACGCAGAGUUCUCAAUCUGCCUCCUAAUACCAUUAUGGAGUACAAAACACACACUGACAGCAUCAAGGCCUGGGAGGAUUUUCAUGGUCUAGUAAACGCAAGUGGAGGUCGCUAGUGUUUCAUCCUCAAUGGUAAUACUCCCAAUGAAGAGGACGUGUCCAUCGACAGUGACUGGAUCAUUUUCUUGUUUAAAAAAAACGAAAGGGAUCUCAUCGGCAUGAGAAGUUUUACCGCUGAAAGCAUCUGGAUGUUGUUUUUAGAGUCAUCGGAAUACAUCACCUGAAAGCUCUUACAGAAGAAACCAAAUCAUCAAAAAGCAUGUUUUGGACCCUACAGACGUUGAGAGUAAAGUGGGUGGAGCCAGCUGGACCACAGAGCUCAGCCGCUGCGAUAUGAACUAAUGGCUGGGAACUGCCACAGUUGUCUAAAUAAAAUAACACGCCCCUGAGUAGUACAGACACACAGCAAAAUCGCCAGUGUUAAAAAGGGUCAAAUUAUUUGACUUUUGUUUUUAACACUGGCGAUUUUACCGUGCACAUUUACCUGAAUUAGCACUUGAUUAACGCAGUGUCCAAAAAAAGCGAAAAGACGGAUUUUGUUUAGGUCACGUGAGGUGGAGGUUGAUGGGAAUAUUUUGCUAUAGUGCAGUAUUUUAGCUACAGUGUUGAGAGUUGUUUGAAAUUAGAACUGUUGUACAAAAAAGAGUUAUAUUUCUAUUUGAAAAGAUCUAUAAUGCAAACUUUAUUUCUUGUUGAUGGAGUGUAAACCCAAAGGACAGUGCCCUCCUUGAGGCGAGUACCAUGGGUACCAUGCUGCCUGAUUCACUGUGCCUGGUCUUCUGGCCAAAACACAUUAACGCCGAUUUUCAAAAUCGCUCUAUAUCCUGGCACUCCGCUGGUGAUUUUACAAUCAGCGGAAAUCACUCAAACGUAUUGAUGGAUAGUGUUAACACAUCUGGAGUUACUGGGGAUUCUGGUAUCAACACCUUAACUGCCUGAAAUUCAGUGCUGGUGCUGGACAAAGUUGUAUUUGAGGUGCAAAAGGAGAGAAAAUGUGGUUUAUGAUUGAUCACAGCAAUAAAUGUUGAUUAUGCAUCUGC